UACACCCAUUUAUCCCCAUCACCAGCAAACCUUUACCUAGCACUUGCAGACAAAAGUAACCAUGUGUCACUUUCCCAUUUCUACAUAGGUUGUAUUCUCACAAAAUCAGGAAAGAGAAUCUCUAAGUGGGUCCACAAACAAAAACAAAAAAUUAAAAAAAAAAUUCCGACAAAUGGAAGGAAAAAAUGUAUAGCACUUCUUUUGCAUGUGCCAUUAUAAGACCAUAUACAUUUAUAUAAAUUAAAUUCAUUGCAAAAAGUGAAGAGAAUCUUGUUAGAGCCUCUCAGCUCACCCCGCUGUUGUUUGAUUUCCAUUUUCUUUUUGCUUUUCCUUCCUAUCGUUUCUUUUUCCUCAGAUGCUGUUUGGUCAUUCCCCUUUCAUAGAGAGUGAGUUUUCCCCUUCGCUGUAAGAUACCUCCCUUUCUCUCUCUAUAUAUAUCGAUGACUCUCUUUCUAUAUCUAUAUACCUCUGCAAGUGUGUAAGAAGAGGUUUCCCUUUCCCAUCAUCAAAAGACUAUAAAAAGCUUCUCAAAAGAACACAGCUUUUAUUUCUUUGUCUGCCAUUAAUUUCUCCAUAAAUAAAACACAUCACUUCUGUCCUCCCCCCUACCUCUCUCUCUCUAACCUCUCCCUGUUUCCACUCUUUCUCUCUCUCUUAAACUCGCCGGAAAUCAGCUCAUCCACACUCUCUCUGUUAGCUAUAAUUGCAGAAAGAGACUGUGAGAAUGGGUUAACUCAUACUCUGCCCCUCUGUUUUUCUUGUGUAUUAUUGAACUAGUAGUGUUGGUUGUUCUCUAAACUGCACUUUCCUGUGAAAAACAGAAGGGAAAGUGACGGAAAAUCUCAGUUUCCCUUCCAUUUUUCAGUGAAUCCGCAUCUGGGUUUUCUUUUUGAUUCAACCAAUUUUCUGAUCUGGGUAUUGCUCAAAACCUCCCAAAAACCCUUUUCAAAACAAGAAAAGAUGAUCAAACUCAUAGACCUGUACCAUGUUCUCACAGCUGUCGUUCCACUCUAUGUAGCCAUGAUCUUAGCCUAUGGUUCGGUGAAAUGGUGGAAAAUCUUCAGCCCUGAUCAGUGUUCAGGCAUCAACCGAUUUGUAGCACUCUUUGCAGUGCCUCUUCUUUCCUUCCACUUCAUCUCACAAAACAACCCAUAUGCGAUGAACUACAGGUUCAUAGCAGCAGACACUCUUCAGAAAAUCAUAGUCCUUGUUGUCCUAGCCAUCUGGUCAAGGACCAGCUCAAGAGGCUCUCUUGAAUGGUCCAUCACACUGUUUUCUCUCUCUACACUCCCCAACACUCUUGUCAUGGGGAUCCCUUUGUUGAAGGGCAUGUAUGGGGACGACUCAGGAACCCUAAUGGUUCAAAUAGUUGUCCUCCAAUGCAUCAUAUGGUACACUCUGAUGUUGUUCUUGUUUGAGUACAGAGGAGCUAGGCUUCUCAUUGCUGAACAGUUUCCAGACACUGCUGGUUCUAUCAUAUCAUUCAGAGUUGAUUCUGAUAUCAUCUCUUUGGAUGGUAAAGAGCCAUUGCAGACUGAGGCUGAGGUCGGGGAAGAUGGAAAGCUUCAUGUCACUGUGAGAAAAUCCACCAGCUCUCGAUCUGAAAUCUUCUCUAGGAGGUCCCAUGGGCCUAAUUCUGGUGUUUCUUUGACACCCAGACCUUCCAACUUGACGAAUGCAGAGAUUUACUCUCUACAAUCGUCGAGAAACCCUACACCGAGGGGCUCAAGCUUUAACCACACUGAUUUCUAUUCAAUGGUGAAUGGGAAGAAUGUGAGCAAUGUGAGUCCUAGGCAGUCCAAUUUUGGGAACAUGGGUGUUGACGAGGAGAGUGGAAUUGGUGGUGGGUUGGGGAAUCAUUUGAGGGCUAAUGGGGUUUAUGGGCAGGGGAGUUCAGGGUACCCUGCACCUCCAAGUGCUGGAAUUUUCUCUCCGGUGGCCGGGCCGGGGGUGAAGAAGAAGGCGAAUGGGACAGAGGGUGGGAAAGAUCUUCAUAUGUUUGUUUGGAGCUCGAGUGCUUCGCCGGUGUCCGAAGGAGGCAUUCACGUCUUCAGGGGAGGUGAAUAUGGGAAUGAUCUUAGUGGAGUGGCUAACCCAAAAGAUUAUGAUGAAUUUGGUAGAGAUGAUCAGUUCAGUUUUGGAAACAAACUGGCUUCUAAUGUGGCUGACCGGGGAGGGCCGGUUCUCUCCAAGCUUGGUUCGAGCUCCACGGCUGAGCUGAACCCCAAGGCUGGUGGUCUCGGGGAAUCCAAGGCGAAUGCCAUGCCGCCUGCCAGUGUCAUGACUAGACUCAUUCUGAUAAUGGUGUGGAGAAAACUCAUUAGGAAUCCAAAUACUUAUUCCAGCCUUUUUGGCAUCACCUGGUCUUUGGUUUCAUACAAGUGGAACAUUGUCAUGCCUGCAAUAGUAGCCAAAUCAAUAUCCAUUCUAUCAGAUGCUGGUCUUGGAAUGGCCAUGUUUAGUCUUGGUUUGUUCAUGGCGUUACAGCCAAAAAUCAUCGCUUGUGGGAACUCAAUUGCUACCUUCUCCAUGGCUGUUCGGUUCCUCACAGGACCUGCAGUCAUGGCUGCUGCCUCAAUUGCCGUUGGACUGCGCGGUGUUCUGCUGCACAUUGCAAUUGUUCAGGCAGCUCUUCCACAAGGAAUUGUCCCUUUUGUCUUUGCUAAGGAAUAUAAUGUUCAUCCUGACAUAUUAAGCACUGGGGUGAUAUUUGGGAUGUUAAUUGCUCUACCUAUUACUCUAGUUUACUACAUUUUGCUGGGGCUUUGAAGGUGAAAGCAGUACAGCUACAGAGGCUAGAUUAUUUACAACAAAUCUGACCCUUUUUUGGCUUCUAACAGAACAUAGAAUCUCGGAAGAAAAAAGAGAUAUAUGAUAGAGAGAAAGAAGUGGGUGACAGUUCCUAGCCUCUUGACAAAAAGGCUGAUAGAAAGGAGAAGAAAUCAGAAUUGAGAAAAUGAUCAGUGGCAACAGCAGCUAGAAUUUGUGUUUCUUUUUCUGAACCUUGUGCUAUUUUGCAUGCUUUUUGUUCUUUUGAUGAAAAAAGUGAAGCUAGCUAGCUUUUUUUUUUAUUUUUUUUUU